GGCGUGGGGGAGAAUGCAUCCUGCUACUGUCAUCCCUUGGAGGCAACUACUGCCACCUUGUCAAGCAUAUACGCAGGCAGAAAUCCAUUAAAGAUAUCGAUGAUGUUAGUUCUCAUGUGUCAGAUCACAAUGUCCAUUGUCCUGAGCAGAUGUAUACACAUUCUGCUACGCCCCCUAAAGCAGCCGAUGCUGCUGUCAGAGGCUGCGAGUGGCCUCCUCCUUGGUCCAUCAUUCUUUGGACGUGUUAAGGCUUUUCAUGACCUGUUCUUCCCACAAUGGUCGGUCCUGACACUUGCGAGUGUUGCUGAUCUUGGCGUCAUCUUCUUAGUGUUCUUGGUUGGUGUUCGUGUCGAUGCUGCCUAUCUUCGCUCUUACGGAUUCACUAUGGCCUGCAUUGCAGUAGCAGGGCUCGUUCUCCCAUUUGGCGCCAACUCGAUUAUCGCUUUUAUGAUGCACAGUGUCCUUGGCAUCAAGGAUACGAAAGUAGCAGCUUUCGUCAUUCUGAUGGGCAUAACACAGAGCGUGACGGCUUUUCCUUUCCUUUCGAAUAUUCUCACUGAGCGCAAGCUGCUUGGUACCACACUGGGACAAAUAAUCCUUCCCGCGGCUGGUCUGAUUGACAUAGUUGCUCGCUGGUUGCUGUCUUGGGCCAUCAUGUUGCUGAACAAUGUGUUGAAUGUCAAUAAGGUGCUCUUCGCUCUUCCAGCUACCAUCGGCUUCGUGAUUUUUAUGUUCGCCGUGAUUGGGCCGUUUGUACGCUUUCUGUCGGCGCGCAGCAAAGAUUUGGAUACUGUGCCAGACUUGUGGAUAGGCCUCACCUUGGUGAUGGUCCUUGGAGCUUCUUUGAUCAGUAAUCUCUUGGGGAUGCCUGCCACGUUCGGGAGCUUUUUGUUUGGGCUGCUUCUGCAAGACGGCACACCGCUUGCUCUUUCGGUCGCGGAGAAAUUGGAGACCUUGAUUAUCCUGUCCGUUCCGCUCUUUUAUGUCCGGAUAGGUCUCAAUUUCCGCAUUGACAUGCUCGAUUCUGCGGCCAUCAUUGCAAUUUUUGUGGCCAACCUAAUUUUUGUCACUCUUAACAAGGUAAUUAGCUGUGGCGGCAUUGCAUUGCUCUUAGGUUUCGGCAUGAGAAGAUCUUUCGUCCUGGGUAUACUGAUGUCCUCGAAGGGGCUCAUGCAACUGAUCGUUAUCCAAACUUGCUUCCUAGCCAAACUAAUCAACACACGGGUGUACACGAUGCUAGUAUUGACGGUUUUACUGUCAGACUUCGUUGUCUCCCCCAUCGUUUCCCGGAUUUACAGUGAAAGCCACCGAUUAGAACUGGACUUGCGCUUCUUGACCAAGCAACAAAUCAACAAAAGUGGACGAAAGGACCCCUUUCUCAAUCCCUCGUCGCGUCUUAGUGUCCUCAUGUGGUUUGACAGUGGUAAAAUAGCGCCCGCUAUGGUGGGUCUGAUGGAGCUCUGUAAGGGGAGCAAUCGCAGCCAGCUCCAGGUUCACGUAGCGUAUCUCUUCAGCCUUUCUGCUCCUUGUGCCAGGCCAUCUCCUCUGAUGACCGUCAGUUUGGCUGAGCUCCCGACUCGCUACUUCAGGUGGAGAUUUUUUCCACUGAUUUACAAAGCCUUCGGUACGCCCACUGAGAUCAAGAUUCACCCGUCCCUGUCCAUCACUAUUGACAAUGACCUGCACUGGGACAUCCUCGCUGUGGCUGCUAAGAAGCACGCUGACAUCGUGUUCCUUCCGUUUCACAACCCUCAAUCCGCUUUGCCAGGCCAAGUUGGUGAGGUCAGGAAGACCAACAAGGUGAUCCUUGAUUUACUUCGAUUCUCUCCAUGCAACAUUGCGAUCUCUGUCAGACCGAGGAAUCAAUCUGCAGGGAGCAGUAUGGGGGUAGACCCCAAUGCCGAAAGUUCCACAGGCGACUUCACUAUCUGUGUCCUCUUCUUUGGUGGUCCAGAUGAUCGGCUAGCCUUGGCGCUAGCUGGGAGAAUCUCAGCACACAAAGGGACUGCCACUCAUGUGAUCAGGUUCCUGCCUCAGACAGAUACUCCAGGGGCGGAUGAUUACUUCCGGGCAAAUGAGGAGUUGGGCUCCGGGGGCUCCAGACGCUUGUCCUUGUCAAGCAUAUGGCAAGACACGACUCAACAAUCCCGAGGCAGACGGCCAAGCUUACAGAAGUCCAUGUCGGCCUAUGGAACCGAACUGCAGCGGGACAACACUGCACUGGCAUUGUGGUGCCAGAACAAGUCAGCAAAACGCGACUCUUCGACAGGCGAUCGAGAAUCAAAUAACAAUGAAGAACAGAGAAUGCCGCUAGAGUCGCAGAUAGUCCGAGACCCUCUGGCAGCUGCAGUGGUUGCCGCUGCCAACAAGGAUUAUGAUCUUGUCAUAGUCGGGAGGGGGCAUACAACACCUUCUCCAAUCCUUGCUGCUACUGCAUAUAAACGCCCCAGCAGAACACGUUUGACCCUAGGAAAAGUGGCCAAUGCACUGUUCACUGCUGAGCCUAAGGCGAGGCACAUAGUUGUUGUUCAGAAGGGGAACGUCAACAGAGCUGCACAAGCAAUUGAAGCGGCGGGCUUUUCUGGUUUUGCAAAGGGUUUCAAUCUUGCCUCCGCUACUGCUCCCGAACUCGUAUCUGAGCAAGAUGAUCCCAUAGAUACCCUGGAGGAGAUGACUCCCGAGGCGACAGAUUUAGCAGAAGCCCCAUUCCUAAGUGACAUGCCGUUUUUCGAUCAAGGUAGUGUUGCUAUCUAUGCUCCUGCUACUGGGGCACCUGGUGUUGCAGCGGAUGCGCCUGCUACUGGUGCUGGUCAAAAAGCUGCAGAACAAGAGGGUAUGAUGAUGUUCUUCUGAGACACAGAGCAGUGGUUCUUCUAUCAGUUAUCAUGGCACUGGGUAAUCUUUGGAAAAGGAACAUCUGAGCGAUGUCCAUGAUUGGACGGGUCAGGCGGGCGGGUUGUCGCCCUCUAGACCCUGUGAGCAUGCUCACAGUGGACUUUCAUAGAUGCAUCUGGCCACAGUUGCAGCUGUAGCUGGGUGUCCCUGACCGCAACUGUGCCCAGAGU